UAAGAAUCUCGACUGGAGUGAUGACGACAAUUGACAGUCCAGCACCUCGGAUAUCAUAGCAAAUGGCCUUCUACUUGUAGUACUUCAUCUCAUCUCAUCUCAUCUCAUCGAGAGCACUGGCACGUGCGCCUACCAUAAAAUCUCAAUUCAGCCGCUGGAGAAAAUUAUCCACCAACAAAGCCGGGAAAAGCAAAUAGAACCGGUACUGUUAGUAGUUUGCCGUCUUGAAGGGUUCCAGGAUAACUGUGACUGGUGUUGAUAUUGUUCGAGAAUAUGGGUAACGUGAUGUCGUCCAGUUUUGCCCCAGAGUGUACCAACGCUAAGAAAGAAUACGAUGACUGUUUCAACAACUGGUACACCGAGAAGUUCUUGAAAGGGAAGAGCUUACACAACGAGUGUGAAGACUUAUGGCACGAUUACAAGGCGUGUGUUGAUCUUGCGUUAGCGAAACAGGGCAUCUUACCAAUGUUGGAGGAAGCCAGAGAAGAGGCGCCUUUUGAGAACGGAGGACUUCAACAGGAUUCUGAAGUGAAGAAGUAGGGAAGCGUCUCAGGGGUAUAGAGAUCUUGUAUAUAUCAAAAGUACGAAAUAAAAGAAUCUUGUGUGUAUAUUAUACAAUGUGUGCUAGGC